GAGGAGGGGCCGGCCCGGGGUUUAAACCCAGGCCCGGCAGACUCCUCCCGGCGUGCUGCGGACGAACGGCUGUUGGUGUCUGGCUCGGCGAGCCGGCGCCCGGGGACGCAGCUGCUGGUGGCCGAGCCUCUUCUCCAGGAGGAGCCAUGGCGCUCAGGGUCACUAGGAACACGAAACUUAACACAGAAAAUAAGGCCAAGGUCAGCAUGGCAGGCGCCAAGCGUGUGCCUGUGGCAAUUGCUGCAGCCUCCAAGCCCGGGCUGAGACCGAGAACCGCUCUAGGAGACAUUGGUAACAAAGUCGGCGAACAGGCUCAGGCGCGAGUGCCUCUGAAAAAGGAACUAAAAACUUCAGUGACUGGAAAAGUUUCAGCUAAAAUCCCGCCACCAAAACCUCUGGAGAAGGUUCCUGUGAGUGAGCCAGAGGUGGAGCUUGUUGAGCCUGAACCUGUUAUGGACGAAAAGCUUUCUCCUGAACCUAUUUUGGUCGAUAAUCCCUCUCCAAGCCCAAUGGAAACAUCUGGAUGUGCCCCUGCAGAAGAAUACCUGUGCCAGGCUUUCUCUGAUGUAAUUCUUGCCGUGAGUGAUGUGGAUGCAGAUGAUGGAGCGGAUCCAAAUCUCUGUAGUGAAUAUGUGAAAGACAUAUAUGCUUAUCUCCGACAACUGGAGGAAGAACAGUCAGUUAGACCAAAAUACCUACUGGGCCGUGAAGUCACUGGAAACAUGAGAGCCAUCCUAAUUGACUGGCUGAUACAAGUUCAAAUUAAAUUUAGGCUGCUGCAAGAGACUAUGUACAUGACUGUUUCCAUUAUUGACCGAUUCAUGCAGGAUAAUUGUGUGCCCAAGAAGAUGCUGCAGCUAGUUGGUGUGACUGCCAUGUUUAUUGCAAGCAAAUAUGAAGAAAUGUACCCUCCAGAAAUCGGUGACUUCGCUUUUGUGACUAACAAUACUUACACUAAACACCAAAUCAGACAGAUGGAAAUGAAGAUUCUAAGAGUUCUAAACUUCAGUUUGGGUCGCCCUUUGCCUCUGCACUUCCUCCGUAGAGCAUCUAAGAUUGGAGAGGUUGACGUUGAACAGCACACUUUGGCCAAAUACCUCAUGGAACUCUCUAUGUUGGACUACGACAUGGUGCACUUUGCUCCUUCUCAGAUUGCAGCUGGAGCUUUUUGCUUAGCACUGAAAAUUCUUGACAAUGGUGAAUGGACACCGACCCUGCAGCACUACCUGUCCUACACUGAAGACUCCCUUCUGCCUGUCAUGCAGCACCUGGCUAAGAAUGUAGUCAUGGUGAACCGUGGCCUUAUAAAGCACAUGACUAUCAAGAAUAAGUAUGCAACACCCAAACAUGCUAAGAUCAGCACUCUGGCACAGCUGAAUUGUACACUAGUUCAGAAUUUGUCCAAGGCUGUGGCGAAGGCAUAACUCAAGUGGACCACUACACUACAUCUGCAAAUGCAAUUGGCACCAUGUGCCACCUGUACAUAGUAUACAGUGUUUACUUGAUCUUCAAUAAAGGUUUUUGUUUUACUUUCA